GUAAAAAGGAGCAUACACAAUUUUGCUAGUGAAUGGGUAAUGCACACAAAAUACUUGAUUUCUUCGCAAUCACUAUGACACCUGAUGGUCAUAUCUCUUAUAAAUUAUACAAAUAUUGUCUGUUUUUCUAAGUAUAGCAAUUUCCUUUAACGCCCAGUAUAUUUCUUUCAGGUGUAUUUGUCAAGAGAGGUGACAAGAACAGAAAUACAUGAAGCAAGGCUAUGAAGAAAUCUAUUAAUAACAGAACCAAGUCUAACUCUGAAAAACAAAGUAUUUUGCCAGAUUCCUGUAUGUUCUCAAAGGAGAUGGUAAACAUAAACCCCAAACAUUUCUCGUGUUCUGAAUUUGAGAAAUGUUAUGUCACAAAAACCGUGUUCGUUUGUCAUCAGAGAACUCACACAGGAGAGAAACCAUUCUCAUGUUCUGAAUGUGGAAAAUGUUUUAUCACAAAUGCAAAGCUUGUCCGUCAUCAGAGAACCCACACAGGAGAGAAACCGUUCUCGUGUACUGAAUGUGGAAAAUGUUUUAUCACAAAUGCAAAGCUUGUCCGUCAUCAGAGAACCCACACAGGAGAGAAACCGUUCUCGUGUUCUGAAUGUGGAAAAUGUUUUAUCACAAAAGCAGAUCUUGUGAGUCAUCAGAGAACUCACACAGGAGAGAAACCGUUCUCGUGUUCUGAAUGUGGAAAAUGUUUUGGGCGACAUUCAACUCUUGUCUGUCAUCAGAGAACUCACACAGGAGAGAAACCGUUCUCGUGUUCUGAAUGUGGAAAAUGUUUUAGGCAACAUUCAACUCUUGUCAAGCAUCAGAGAACUCACACAGGAGAGAAACCGUUCUCAUGUUCUGAAUGUGGAAAAAGUUUUGUCACAAAUGCAGAGCUUGUCCCUCAUCAGAGAAAACACACAGCAGAGAAACUGUUCUCUUGUUCUGAAUGUGGAAAUUGUUUUAGGCAACUUUCACAUCUUGUCAAUCACCAGAGAACUCACACAGGAGAGAAACCAUUCUCAUGUUCUGAAUGUGGAAAAUGUUUUAUCACAAAAGCAGAGCUUGUCCGCCAUCAGAAAAUUCACACAGGAGAGAAACCGUUCCCAUGUUCUGAAUGUGGAAAAUGUUUUAUCACAAAAGCAGAUCUUGUCAGUCAUUCGAGAACUCACACAGGAGAGAAACCAUUCUCAUGUUCUGAAUGUGGAAAAUGUUUUAUCACAAAAGCAGAGCUUCUCCGCCAUCAGAAAAGUCACACAGGAGAGAAACCAUUCUCAUGUUCUGAAUGUGAAAAAUGUUUUAUCACAAAUGCAAAGCUUGUCCGUCAUCAGAGAACCCACACAGGAGAGAAACCGUUCUCAUGUUCUGAAUGUGGAAAAUGUUUUGGGCAACUUUCAAAUCUUGUCAAUCAUCAGAGAACUCACACAGGAGAGAAACCGUUCUCAUGUUCUGAAUGUGGAAAAAGUUUUGUCACAAAGGCAGCGCUCAUCCGUCAUCAGAGAAUUCACACAGGAGAGAAACCAUUCUCAUGUCCUGAAUGUGGAAAAUGUUUUGUCACAAAAGCAGAUCUUGUCCGCCAUCAGAGAACUCACACAGGAGAGAAACCAUUCUCAUGUUCUGAUUGUGGAAAAAGUUUUGGGCGACAUUCAAGUCUUGUCAAUCAUCAGAGAACUCACACAUGAGAGAAACCGUAUGUAGCGGAUGGCACUGGGCUGUCCUGCAAAUUUCAUGUGAAUAGCUGCAUUCGUGUAAACUGCUGGUUUUAUAAGUGUGUUAAAGAAAUGUAUUCCUCUGAUUGUUAGGUAGAAUCAUUCGAAUAAACUAAGGGAAUGAACCUACCGAACAAUCAGACCUCCCCUGUGUGAAGUGUGUCCACAAUUAACCAUUGCAACAUUGUUGCGAACGGGUAUUUGACAAGUUAAGUAGCCGUCCUUUGUUCUCGGGGGUGGCCGCCAUUCGACAAACGAACACGUGGCGGCAGCCAUUUUAAAACUCCCGAACAGCAGUGUUUUGACGUCGAGUGUCUGGAACUCAAAUCGGACACUCGACUAGGCGAACACCGCUGAAACCUAAACAAGCCCGGUCCGUUCGGUUCCUAACUACCGAACGGCCCCUCGUUCGGUAGAUAGAAAGAACCGGACCAGGGGAUUCAGGCGAACCCUCCCUAGCCUCUAUAGCUAGAGGUUUUCGUGCCAUUUAUUCCCUGACUCCAGGACCGACCGCUGGGCCUAUUCACAUGGAACCGCAUUCGGCUGUUUCACUCAGUGCGGUCGGUCAUUUUAUUCCCUCCAUAAAUUUCCCGAACCCCUGGUCUGAUCUGGGUGAUUUUUGGAUAUGUUGUUCACCCAGAUCAGGGCUACCAGGGGAUAUAUAAUUUAAAGUGGUACCCCUAGGUUUAGGGGUACAUCCAGAAACAGGUGGAAUUGGUGUCCUGGAUAAAGGGAUUAUGAUGCAGGCUGAGGGGAGGAGAUGUGUGGGAGGUUACCAGAACAGGAUUGGCUACUGUACUAAUGAAUGGAAAUCUCUCCCUUGCAUGGGAGCAUGCUUUAUAAGGCCACUGUCUGAAUAAAUCUUUAGUUCUGCUCCUGAUACUGUGUGUUGUCCAGUUAUUGGGAGUGCUGUUGGGAUACUGCUGUGUUAUUUUGCCUGCUGGAUACUUUGCCCUAUGGAUUUAUAAUUGCUGUUCCCGAGUC